UACCGGUAGACGAUUUGAAUAAGGACACUGGUAUGAACACUUUACUAGUGAAACUCGAUGAUUUGUUUCUCAAAGAAGAAAAGGACCAAGUUUAUGAGGCGUACUCGAGCUUUGACCGGAUUAUGAAAGAUAGCAGUGUUUCCAUGACAGACUAUAUAAUUGAUUUUGAACAACGGUACUCGCGGAUGCGUAAAUAUAAUAUGGAGCUUCCCGACGCAGUAUUAGCAUUUAAACUGCUGGACACUGCGUGCUUAGAAGUGAAAGACCGACAGUUAGCUCUGACAGCAUGUACAGAUUUGAAUUUUGCGUCAAUGAAGUCAGCACUGAAGAGGAUUUUCGGAGGAAAGUCCGCUUCUACUGUGGGGAUUAAUCAGGAAACAGCAUAUGUAACGGAACAAAGGCGACAAAGGAGCAAGCCAUGGUCACAAAAUGUUCAGCAAAAAACACCACUGCCUGGCAGCAACCCUCUGGACAGAUAUGGACGCAGAUCAAAGUGCGCUGUUUGUCAAAGCACAUUCCACUGGGCCAAAGACUGUCCACACAGAGGUGAGCAAGUCAAACUUACUGAAGAUUGUAAAACAGAUGAUAUAGAGGAGUGCAACAUUACUCUGUAUACUAAAGAGUGUCCCACUGAAGCAGAAAUAUUUAUGACAGAGUGUUUCGGCUCAGCAAUAAUAGACACUGCAUGCACACGGACUGUGUGUGGACAGGAAUGGAUAAACAGUUACAUCGCUGAACUAAGCCAAAACGAGAUAAAAGACCUGAGAAAGACAGAAACACCCAGUCACAGACCCUUUAAGUUUGGUGAUGGAAAAGUGGUCUAUUCCAACAGAAAGUUGAAAAUUCCUGCAAAGAUUGGACAAACUAAGUGUCAUAUUGAAACUGAAGUUGUGCCAGCGAAGAUUCCACUACUCUUGAGCAAGGCAUCCAUGAAAAGAGCAGGGACAGUGCUGGAUAUGGAGAAUGACAGUGCGGUGAUGUUUAGUCAACCUGUAAAACUUGACUUUACAAGCUCUGGUCAUUACUGUGUAAACAUCAUGGACAAUGAAAAGAAAACCAUUCAAGGUGACGAAUGUGUCUUGGUGGCUGUUGAAGAUGUCACUCUAACAGAACAAAAGAAUGAGGAUGUACAAAGUCAGUGUGAAGAGGAAAUACUGACAAUCUCAGAAAAAAUUAGUUCAGCAGAAAAACACAAAAUCCUGAUGAAGCUUCACAGACAGUUUGGUCAUGCUUCUGCUGACAGACUGCAGAGACUUCUUACUAGCUCUGGGAAUAAAGAUGCAGAAUGUAGUGUCAUUCUGGAAAAAAUUGUCAGUGAAUGUGAAACAUGUCAAAGAUACAGUAAGACCAAACCAAAGCCUGCUGUUGGCCUACCACUGGCAUCUCAGUACAAUGAAACUGUUUCAGUAGAUCUGCAUGAACUUCAACCAGGUGUGUGGUAUCUCCACAUUAUUGACCAGUUCACAAGGUUUAGUGCCGGCAGCAUACUAACCACAAAGAAAUCUUCUGAAAUAGUGAAACACUUUGUCCAUGUCUGGAUAAGUGUACAUGGUCCACCUCAGAAACUGUUUAGUGACAAUGGGGGAGAAUUUAACAAUGAUGAGGUUAGAGACAUGGCAGAAAACUUCAACAUAGAAAUAAAGACAACAGCAGCAUACAGCCCGUGGAGUAAUGGACUUACAGAGCGACACAACCAAACACUUACUGAGAUCAUGAUGAAAGUGAAGACAAGUAAUGGCUGUGACUGGGACCCUGCAUUGGACUGGGCUCUUAUGGCAAAGAACACUAUGCAAAAUGUCCAUGGCUACAGUCCUCAUCAGUUGGUGUUUGGACAGAAUCCCAACUUCUUAUGGGGAGGCACGGAGGAUUGAUUCUAAAGUGUAUUCUUUUGAGUAACA